CUUCGACACCGCAAGCUUAGGUGUGACUCGCUCGCGCGUGGGAUAUGAGCGUGAUACUUCGCCUGCGCAAGAAUCGCGCAAGUAUCGCGUAUCGUGCACGUUCUGCGUGUCAGUCCGAGCUGCACCGCGGCAUAGUACGGCACGCUCGUUCGGCUGCAUCGUACAUCGCGACGGACGGCGACGCGACUCGCUCCUGCGGAGAUCGAUCGUGUCGGAGGAAAAGCGCAGCAAAUUGUCCCCUCGAGGAGUGCCGCCCUGCUGAAAGUACGAAUAAAUUACGUCCCGAGCACACGACAUGUCCGGGCGCGAUCGCGCGACCAGUCGUUCCUCUCGGUGCUUCUCUCGCAAGCUGCGCCUUCGAAUCGCGAGAUGUGCAGGGUGCAGUGGUGCGCUGCUUAGAAUUCCAUUUAAUUCGCGGCCGCAGGGUCGCUGAGACUGCACUGAGGGGCGAACGCGUCGGGAAGAAAAGAUCGAUCGCUAUCGAAUUGGACUGAAAAUCCUCCAAACUGGGCGACGGGAAGGGAAAACAUCGAAGAGUCAGAAUGGCGGACGAAAGUCAACAGAGUCAACAGCCUGUUGCGAAGGGCCACCGGAUUUUGAGCCAUCUGCCGAUCGCCAUCAAAGUGCUCGAAGUGAUAGUGGCCAUUUUUGCGAUCGGUCUGGCGGUCGAUCCGAUGAACUCGUUCCAGCGGAUUUUCAACAAGCCGCGAUUCAAGCUAGACGAUGCCGCUACUAUUUACAUCACGGUCGCCGGCUAUAUCCUCAUCAAUACGCUCUUCAUCCUCGGCCACAUGCUGGGCGAUCGCGUGCCGAAAAGAACGUUGUUAAUGUUUGCGUCCGUGGGUGCACUAAUGCACGUCGUAGCCGGAAGUUUGAUGGUCCAUAAUUGGCGCAACAUCAGUGGUCGUUAUUUUUAUGUGUACAACAAUGAGAUUCAUCCCAGCAAGCAGUACAUGGACAUGCUCAUAUCCGCAGCAGUGUUUACGUUCGUGAAUGCGGCAGUAUUUAUCGCGGAGAUUAUCGCCAUAUUGAGAUACUCGUGAAUUGCACAUUUUUAUGAAAGAUACGACGAUCCAAAGAAGUUAAAGCGUGUACGAGUAUCGCCAAAGUUAUGAAUAAUCUCUUUAAAAUGAACCAGAUAACCAGGAAAGUUCGAUUUUUGACAGCAAAGAGAGAGAGAGAGAGAGAGAGAGAGAGAGAGAGAGAGAAAAUAAAACAUUAAUCAAACCUGGACCGUGUACGAAGG